AAUAAUUUCACUGAAAGCAACGAGGUCGACAGGAUCUUCGUCGUCAUGGCGUCCGGCGAAUUCGACGUGGAGGCCAGCACCGCUCCUGCUUUCUGGCAGUCCAGUGUCACUCCUGUUUCCGGCCACUCGGAAGAAAAUGAAAACUCCAAUCCCCAUCCAAGCUGUGGCGAGUCGGGUCAUUUUGCUCGCAACUGCCUCAACCCUCCCAAGUCUCAGGCUUGCUUCAACUGCGGCGAAGAGGGACACGCCAAGGCCGACUGCCCUCUGCCUCGCAAGGAUAUGGAAUGCUACGUCUGUGGUCAAGAAGGCCAUACCAAGGCCGAAUGCCCCCUGUCUGCCAGAGACCGGGCUUGCUACAACUGUGGAGAAGAAGGCCACAACAAGGCUGAAUGCACCAAGCCGCGGGUUUUCAAGGGAACUUGUCGGUUGUGUAACAAGGAAGGUCACCCUGCUGCUGCGUGUCCUCAACGCCAGCCGGAUGUGUGCAAGAACUGCAAGGCUGAAGGCCACAAGACCAUCGACUGCAAGGAAAACCGCAAGUUCGACUUGAGCGAUAUUGCGGUCAUGACCCCCGAGGACGCCUGGGCUAUGAUGAAGAAGGCCAGUGACGAGCGAGACUUGGACGAUUUCCGUGAUGGCUUCAAAAUCUACAGCAAGGCUAAACCCGAGGCGACUUUCGUGGACAUCGAAAAGAGAAUGCGGGCAGAGAACUUCAACAUCUAUCUCAUUGGCCUGGAGAGGGAAGUCGAGAGGUCUAUGACCUUGAUCGAUCUUCAGGGAAAGCUUGACCGCACCUACAUGGUGGGUUUCUUUUACGAGCCUACACCCAACCGCCUCAACCUAGGCCCUCGCUGGCCCCGAGAUGCGGAAGACAACCUCAACCGUCUGGACGAUGCAGGUCUGCCCUAUGACCGUAUGAUCCCCAAGUGCAUGAACUGUGGCGACCUGGGUCAUAUUUCUCGCCACUGCCAGCAAGAGCGUGCCGAGGUGAUCGAUCGUUUCGAAAUCAAAUGCAGCAACUGCGGCCUCAUUGGUCAUCGUAUCCGGGAUUGCAAGGAGAAGCGUCGCAGCAAGCGGGGAUGCCGCAACUGCGGUUCCGAGGAUCAUAUUGCAGCGGACUGCACCGAGUCUCGCUCUGCGGAGAACGUGGAGUGCCGCAAGUGCAACCAAAUGGGUCACUUCGCCAAGGACUGCCCUCAGAGUGGUAGCGGCAGCCCUCGCGCCUGCCGUAACUGCGGGCAGGAGGGCCAUAUCGCCCGCGAUUGUGAUCAGUCACGCGAUGCUUCUUCCAUGACCUGCCGCAACUGUGACCGACCCGGCCAUAUGGCUCGUGAGUGUCCUGAACCCAAGAACUGGUCCAAGGUCCAAUGCAACCGGUGUGGCCAGAUGGGUCACACCGUUCGUCGUUGCCCUCAAGCCGGUGAGUCUUCAGCUGCCGCAUUUCCCGGGGACAACAUCCAAGCCCAUGACACCCAGAACUACCAGGCCGAUGACCACUGGGGUUCUUCCCAGGGAAACCAGCCCCAGGCUCCUCCGGGCUUUGGAGAACAGAGCGGCGCGGCCACCGGUGCUGCGGAAGGUUGGGAGGACAAGUUGAAUGAGCAGCUCCGUGACCAACUUUGGUGA